AUGCCAGCAGGACGCCUCACCUUCGUCCUGAGGAACUUGCGCGUCUCCCUGUGGAUCCGGGCGCUCUCCGUCAGGAGGUUCAGCGACGGCAGCAGCGUCUCCUUCAGCUUGUUUCCCUGGAGACCAGGAGAGACGGCAACCAAUCGUGUUUCCCGGAACUGCCACAUCUUCCUCCCAGAGGCGUCAUGUGACAGCCUCCAAUUAGACUGGACGCAGAUUACAGGUCACAACAAGACGUUCUUGAUGAACAUCAUAUGCACGGCCGUCCGGGUCCUGAAGAGCAGCCGGAGUUUGACCAUCACCGUGCUGACGGGAGCGGGCAGGGAGCUGUUUAUGACGGACGAGGAGCGCCUGGCCGUGGAGGCGAGGCGGGAGCUGGACAGGCAGGAGCUGAUGCACCAGAAGAGGGUGGCGCUGGAGACCAACAAGAUCCACAAAGAGCAGCAGGAGUUGGAGCGACAGAGGAAGAUGGAGAUUUCUCAGAAGACGGUGGAGGUGGAGGAGCGGUACCGGAGGGAGAUGGAGAAGAUCGAGGCUGCGGAGCGGAAACACAAUCGGGAGUGGGAGGAGGACUGGGGGGCCAGGGAAUCGCCCAGGAGCCCCUCCCCCAUGCCAGCUCCUUCCAAAGCGGACAGCCCACCCCCUUCGCCCCCGAAAUCCAAAAGCUCAGACAACGCAGGGCCCGCCUGGCAGUCAGGGAUCGAUGAGGAAGAGGAAGAUGAAGAGGAAGAUGAUGAAGAUGAUGAAGGGAAAGGGAAAGUGAGUGAGUCCGCUCUGCCCGGAGCGGCAGGGCCCAGGUUUAGCUUUAUUCUGACAACCAAAGACUCUUCCCACCUCUUAUUUCCAUCAAUCCAUCAGUCGCCAGAACAUCAGAACAUAAGAGUGCACACUGAUGAAAACAGGCCAUUCAUCUCGUCUAGAACACAAAAACAUAAGAAUACACACUGAUGAAAACAGGCCGUUCAGCUCGUCUAGAACAUAAAAACAUAAGAAUACACACUGAUGAGCACCAGCCGUUCAGCCCAUCGAGGCCCAUUAUUUACUUACUGACUAAAGAGUGUCCUGCAGUGUGUCGAGCCUGGUCUUCAGCACUGCAAACGUCUCUGCCUCUACUACAUGACAUUGCAAACGUCUCUACCUCUACUACAUGACACUGCAAACUGUUCCACACAUUGACAACUCUGUAGAAAAUGCCCCCUGAGGUCUGAGCGCAAUAUUUAGUGUCCUCUUGCCAAGCCUGAGGAUUAAGAAUCUUAAGAGCCUUAAUUAAGUUACUUAAUUAAGUGACUUAAUUAUUUCCUGGUAGCGUUUACCUUUUGUACCAGGAGCCAAUUGAAUUGCCCUCUUCGUUUUUUAAAAUUAUUUUUGUUUCAUACCUUUUACAAAGAAACUGGACUUCCUUAUGGCAAUUUUUUAGGUGGAAUAGAAAAACUAAUAUACAGUAAAAAUGGAUUUUGAAAAAGGGUGAAAUCGUCUCAAGGGGAACAAGCGGAACUCCUAUAAAAUACUGAAAAGCAGAAAAGAACAGCUCACAGUCGUAUUGGUGAGAAAGCUUUUGUUCUGACAGAAAUAUGGUUUUAAAUUUCACCCAGUACUACAACUCCUCGUCUUCUCACUCACCUCCCGUGUGGUUUGCUGUGUGUCUCAUUUUAUGCUUUCAAUUUCAGUUUUUUUGUUUUUUUCCUGUUUUGUUUAUACACAGACAUUUUCUGUGGAGUGGGUAGGCCAGAAUCACACCCCGGGUUUGUUUCCGUCCCUUCCGUAGCCUGGUGUUUCGGCUGCACAGUGACUCAGCGAUUUAUUGUGUUUCUCUAGCGUUUGGCUGGUUUUACCGAUAUGAGGGGAAACUGCCUACGCUGAGAAAGGUACAGAGUGUGCGGUCUGUUUGUGAGGAUGCUGUGAUGCCGUGUUUAUGACUUUU